GUGUGGUGGUGUAUACCUGGAUGAACUCCAUCAGUAGGUAUCGAGCACAAGCAGCUGCUCAUCACAGUCUCACGUACAGCGGACUGGAAGGGAAGACUGCUGUCAAGUGAAUUUUGGGUCAUGAUGAAGUUUGUAGCGCACUUCAUUCUCCUCACCUCCGCAGCUCACGCGGGGCUGCUGAGGAAAAGACAAACUUGUCCGCAGGUUUGCGAUGCUUCUCAGUGCCGCGUCCCGCCGCAGGCUUGUUACUACGGACAGGUGAAGGACGGAUGCGGCUGCUGCGUGGUGUGCGCGGCCGGUGAGGGUGAAACCUGCGGGAAGCGGAGCGGCCUCUCUUGCGGUGACGGGCUGCGGUGCGACUCUGUCCCCGGGAUGGAGGGAGGCUUCCACAGCUCUUGCGUGUGCGUCUCCUCUGGGCCGGUGUGCGGGAGCGAUGGCAGGACUUACCCCAGCAUCUGCCGCCUGACAGCCGAGAACAGAAGAGCCGAGUUCGGUGAGACCCCCCCGGUCAUUUUGAUGCAGAGGGGUCGGUGUAAUUCAGGAAUGCAACAUCCAGGAAGUAUGCGCUACAAGUUUAACUUCAUUGCAGAUGUAGUGGAUAAGAUUAUGCCUGCUGUUGUUCAUCUGGAGCUUUUCCAAAGAGUGCCAUUUUCUAGCGAUGAGCUCUCCGUGUCAAGUGGCUCUGGGUUUGUAGUGUCAGAGGAUGGCUGGAUCAUCACCAACGCACACGUGCUCACCAACAAGCAGAGGAUAAAAGUGGAGCUGAGAAGUGGUAUCCAAUACAACGCUGUAGUCAAGGACAUGGACCAGAAGAUGGACAUCGCACUUAUCAAGAUCGAACCAGAUACCCCCCUGCCUGUGCUGCGUCUCGGCCAGUCCUCAGACCUGCGUCCCGGCGAGUUUGUGGUUGCGGUGGGAAGCCCUUUCUCCCUGCAGAGCACCGUCACCACCGGCAUUAUCAGCACAGUCCAGCGCAACGGCCGGGAGCUGGGCCUCCAGGACUCUAACAUGGACUACAUCCAAACUGACGCCAUGAUUAAUUACGGCAACUCCGGUGGACCACUUGUCAACUUGGAUGGAGAUGUAAUUGGCAUAAACACUCUGAAAGUGGCAGCAGGAAUCUCUUUUGCCAUUCCUGUGGACAAAAUACACCAGUUCCUCGCUGAAUCCCACAGCAGACAAGUCAACGGAAAUGCGCAGGAAAAAAAGAAAUACAUAGGCAUCCGGAUGCUGCAGCUCUCACCAUCUUUGAUCCGAGAUCUCAGGGAGCGCGAGGGUGAAUUGCCAGACGUGAGCUCAGGAGUUUAUGUUUAUGAGGUAAUACCUGGAGGAGCUGCAUCCAGCGCUGGCAUGAUAAAUCACGACGUCAUCGUUGGCAUCAACGGGCAGCCCGUUCACACAACGCAGGAAGUGAGCCAAGCCGUCCAGAGCAGCGCCGUGCUUUCAGUGGUGGUGAGACGAAAGACGAGGGACGUUACACUAACUGUCACUCCUGAGGAGACGGACUGAAAUCAACGGUUUUAUAAACGAAAAAAAGACAUGUACUUUUAUACAGUGUACCACUGAACUGGUAAAAAACACCUGUGGAUCUAUCUUAUGGUUACAAGAGUUCAAAGGAGACUGAACACCAGGAAGAUGUAAACACCUCACUUAGUCAGUUCCUCAGAAUUAAUAAGGAAGGGCCGCCCCUUUUAAGCAAAUGUGACCAAUCACGGAGGAGGAAAUCAUCACAGGUAAAGAUACAUACAGACCAACAAGACACAUUAUGUUCUGAUUGACAAAGGCGACCACCCCAGGGAUCACAAACUACUAUUCAGCUAUUUUACAAUGCCCGUACAUACACCCUGUGUUUAUAGAAAGGAAAUGAAGGAAACUAAUGACGGAAAUAAAAUUAGAUAAAGCAGGUGUGUGUUAAUAAACUGCAUCAUUUGUACAAAAUAACUCCAGGGAUACAUUGUACAGUCCGGUGGUUACGUCAUAAACUGCUGGUUAGAAGGUUGCUUACCCUGAGGCUGUGAGAGGAUUCUCCCAGAAACCUCCCACAUGGGUGAGUUUCUGUAUUAAGAUAUAUGCCAAAAAUGACCUCAAGAACCUCAGUAUAUUGGCGAGACAUGGUGAUGAUGAUAUCGUGAACAGAAUAUAAAUCUUGCCAUAAUUCGGUCUUAUAUAAUAUUUGACUUGGCAUUAUGAUUGCAGGUCAGAUGAGUGUUUCACCCUGUGAAAAGGACCAGUCUCUCUGUUCAUGACUCAACAGGUCUGGACCACUCGUGAAUUUUUGUUCGUACAAAUUCUCUUAAGUCAUUCGUACGUGCCAAUGAAAGACAAAUCUGAGUGGUUCUUGCAUGAGGCCUGUUGUUCCUGGAAGGAGAUGGUGUAGUUUAAUGUUUAAGCUCAGUUUCUCAGUAUUGGGGUGGAAUUACAAAAGCCAGAGAUACAAACAAAACCGAUGCUGAUACUUCAGUCAGUAGUCACCUGUAGUACAUUGUGUACUCAGUAUACUCACUGGCGUUGUGUGUGAAUUUCAACAACAAGUAGUGUUGCCCCAAAUGAAAAACCACGCCUUUGUGCACUCAAUGGAAAUGACAACAGGUGAUAGGAUUGUCACCCACCGUGCGGGUGUCUUUGUUAGCUUUACUUCAAAAUAAACUUUAUUUUUGGUGUCUGAUAUUGUUAUUGUUAUUAUUAUUAUGUAAUUUUUUCUCAUUGCCUGCUUGUGUCAUUAUGUUAGCACAUUUGACGUACUAUAGUUUGCAUAUGUUUCAUCCCUCCAGUAAUAUCUAAUUUUGUGUUAUUAUAUGUAUAUAUAUAUAUUCCUGUGUGUGCCUCCUGUGUCAUGCGACAUCAGUGCCAAUAAAGUGUCCUUCUUCAGUC